AACGUAUGCUGCAUCUCCUCUAUUGUAAAGACGCGCGCAACAUGCUUUUUCGAAUUUUCGAUUGCAUUUCACAUUGCAUUGUAUUGCUACGUGUUGAAUAUUGUUGUUAGUUUAUAACAAAGUCUUGUUAUUGCUUUAUUGUUAUAGUUUCUCAUUAAACGUUGUGUUGUUACUUUGUUAUCCCGUUGCUCGUUCCUCACACACGUAUCCAGUUGAAGCGAAUAAAUUUGAAAAUCAUUAUAUUAGAAAUUAUGAUGCAAAUACGUAACAACAAAUAGGUUCAAGUCGAGUUAGUAUUGGCGUUACACAACACUCACUAACAGUGACUCAGGGGAUACGACUGAUGAACAGCAAUCAGAUCCAACUCGAGUUAGCUUUGGCAUUGGCAGAACACUUCUUAACAGUGACUCAGAUAGUAGCUGUACCUAUGCCAGAAUAAUGAGAUCAUCAUCCAAGAAGAUGAGGGUCCAAAAAUUAAGGGACGUAUGGAUAAAAGAACCUAUUUUGGCAUCAUAGUUGGCCAGGUCAUCAAUGAGCAAUAUUGAAGCCAUGUGCUGUGCCUGUAAUAAGAUGAUUCGUGCAAGACGAUAUGACCUUUUGUAUCAUGAAAAAACCUUGUACCACCAAGAACAGAUGGUUCUUUUAGGAAGAACAGUAGACCCCAAAGCCAUGGAGUUAGUAUGUGCCUAAAUAAGCGGACAGAAUUGAGGAAUGCGAAUCAAAUAUAAAGAUAAAAGUGAGACUUUUACCGAGGAUCAACUGGUGUGCAAAGAACCUAUCGGACAGUUCGAAGCAUGGUUCGAAGAAGCCUGUAGAACGCCUCAGAUUUUCGAACCGAACGCCAUGUUCCUCGCCACGGCUACUAAUGAUGGCAUGCCGUCUGUACGAGCAGUAUUGCUGAAAGGUUUCGGUACCGAAGGAUUCAAAUUUUAUACGAACUACGAAAGUAGAAAGGGUCGCGAACUGGCGGAGAAUCCGAAUGCAGCUGUGUCCUUCUACUGGGAACCGUUGAAGCGGGUGGUCCGUGUAGAAGGCCGAGUGCAAAAGACAUCCGCCCAGGACUCGGAUCGUUACUUUCAAAGCCGACCGUACUCGAAUCAAAUAGGAUCAAUGGCCAGCAAGCAGAGUGAUGUGAUUGCAAGUAGGCAAACACUGAUAGUGAGAGAAAGAGAACUGGCAGCUCAAUUCCCAGAAGGACAUGUGAAAAGACCGGCCUGUUGGGGUGGAUACGUUAUUAUACCACACUCCGUAGAAUUUUGGCAAGGUCAAAGCGAUCGCUUGCACGAUAGAAUACGUUUUAGACGACCCAAACCGAACGAUAGGAUCGACAAUGUGCUUGUGCAUCAGGGGGACAAUGGAUGGGUUUAUGAAAGACUUUCACCAUAGUUGGCGAUGAAAAGAAGAUCGAGUGAUUUAUUCAGUACAAAUGCUAAGAAUACAAGAAAUUGUGACUCAACAACCAGAGAUACGAACGGUGUCACCACGUUAGAUUCACGAACAUUCUUCAGAAUAUUUGAAGCUUCUUUUUAUAAUUAAAAAUUAUAUACGAUUAAAAAAUAACUAACUAAAAUAUUUACAUAAAUUACUAAAAUAUAUACAAUUCUCGCUUCUAUUGAAUAAUAAGAAAAUUGUAUAGCUUUAACAAAAUCGAUUUGUUACUGAACAAUAAAAGUAUGUCGAACUGGACAAAAUGA